AUGCUUUCCAAUACCACCAUUGCGGCCCGCCCUCUGGUGCGCGCAGUUCGCGCCGUCGCCCCCUCUUCCACAGUCAUCUCUCAGGUUGUCGCCAGGAGAACGUAUGCGACACCGGCUGGGCCCCCGCCCAAGAACUUCCGUCUGCCGCCCCCCAAGACGUGGGAACAGGAGUCCGAGAGCACCUUCGACAAGCUUGGAAAGUACUUUUUGAUGACGGAGAUGAUGAGGGGGAUGUACGUGCUCAUGGAGCAGUUCUUCAGGCCACCGUACACGAUCUACUACCCAUUCGAAAAGGGCCCCAUUUCUCCCCGUUUCCGCGGUGAGCACGCUCUCCGGAGAUACCCCUCGGGUGAGGAGCGUUGCAUUGCCUGCAAGCUUUGCGAGGCUGUCUGCCCAGCGCAAGCCAUCACCAUCGAGGCUGAAGAGCGUGCGGACGGUUCCCGCCGCACCACCCGCUACGACAUUGACAUGACCAAGUGCAUUUACUGCGGUUUCUGCCAGGAGUCUUGCCCUGUCGACGCCAUUGUCGAGUCUCCCAAUGCCGAGUACGCCACCGAGACCCGCGAGGAGCUGCUUUACAACAAGGAGAAAUUGCUUUCCAACGGAGACAAGUGGGAGCCGGAGCUGGCUGCGGCUAUCAGGGCGGACUCUCCCUACCGGUAA